CGCAGGCGCGCUGGAGGGCCUAUAGUGUCCUGGUGCGCAGGCGCCGGGGGAGCUGCCUGCCCACCGAAGUAGCAAUGGACGCGCUUGAGUCGUUGUUGGACGAGGUGGCCCUCGAGGGGCUUGAUGGCCUGUGUCUGCCUGCGCUGUGGAGCCGUCUGGAGACGCGAGUGCCGCCCUUCCCCCUGCCUUUGGAGCCCUACACGCAGGAGUUCCUGUGGCGGGCCCUUGCCACGCACCCGGGCAUCAGCUUCUAUGAAGAGCCUCGAGAGCGACCCGACCUCCAGCUCCAGGACCGAUACGAAGAGAUUGACUUGGAAACCGGAAUUUUGGAGUCCCGGAGGGAUCCAGUCGCUUUGGAGGACGUCUACCCCAUUCACAUGAUUUUAGAGAAUAAAGAUGGCAUCCAGGGCUCUUGCCGGUACUUUAAGGAGAGGAAAAACAUAACCAAUGACAUCAGGACCAAGUCUUUACAGCCCCGCUGUAUGAUGGUGGAGGCCUUUGGCAGGUGGGGAAAGAGACUGAUCAUCGUCGCCUCCCAGGACAUGCGGUACAGGGCCUUGAUAGGCUUGGAGGGUGACCCCGACCUGAAGCUCCCUGACUUCUCCUACUGCAUUUUGGAGCGGUUGGGCCGGUCCCGGUGGCAAGGCGAGCUCCAGCGUGACCUCCACAGCACUGCUUUCAAGGUUGAUGCCGGGAAGCUCCACUAUCACCGGAAAAUUCUGAACAAAAACGGGCUCAUUACGAUGCAAUCACAUGUGAUCCGAUUACCCACCGGAGCCCAGCAGCACUCGAUCCUCCUCCUCCUGAAUCGGUUUCACGUGGACAGGAGGAGCAAAUAUGACAUCCUCAUGGAGAAGCUCUCGGGUGUGCUGAGCACACGGAGUAACCAGAUGGAGACCCUGGGCAGGCUGCGAGAAGAGCUGGUAAGUGCCCGGGGCCGCCUGUGCUCUGGGCCGGACUGAACUGUGCCACAGCCUGGACAUCUUUGUUUAGUGUACCUUGAUGGUGGCUUGUAAUCAGCCCUGUUCACAGACUUAACCGUCCUUAACCUGGAAGCGAGUGGGAUCUUCCUUUGUUCCACAGAAGGAAAAAGUGCCCAGGACUUCAUCGAAGGCCUUCCUGCCCUAGGCUGGCUCCCGUUUUCCCCAGGGUUUGCUCGAGGCCCUGCGGUAUAAGUUCGUGUGGAAUGGUGGACCUGGGUACUUAGGGGUGCUUCUGUGAGCACGCUUCUAAUUCCAUCACACUGGUUUAAUACUGAAAUGAUAGUGUGACGGCACGGGGAGAGAAGUGCUUACCCACCGGCCUAGUCUCUGGGCCCCGCAGUAGAGUUGGGGGGAGGAGGAAAGCACAGAGGGGGCAUGUGGCCUCCAGGCUGAUUAGAACAGUGUUCGGCGGAGCCAGCAUUAGACGGGGGAGAGAAACAAAUUGCCCUGCCAGUGAGACAGCGGAACUUAAACCUGAAGUUUAAAGGCAGCCUGUUUGGGUCAUAGUGAUUAGCCCACAAAGGACCGUGAUUUGGAAUCUGAUUAUCAACAUCAGGGUUGGGGCGCCUGGGUGGCUCAGUAGGUUAAGCAUCCGACUCUGGAUUUUAGCUCGGGUCAUGAUCUCAUGGUUCGUGGGAUCGAGCCCCUUGUUGGGCUUCAUGCUGAGCUUGGAGCCUGCUUGGGAUUCUCUCUCCCUCUCUCUCUGCCCUUCCCUGUCCCUCAAAAUAAAUAAACAUUAAAAAAACCAAAAGACAAUAAUCCUUGCUCCUUACCUCCUGCAUUGGUGAGUGGAGCCCUCAUCUCUGAUUCCGUCAUAGAGGGAAAUGGGCCUCUUCUCUAUGCUAGAUCUCCUCUACGCCCGAGCCCCUCAUUUGUUCAUUUAUUUAUUUAGAGCUAGAGAGAGCACACGAGCAAGGAAGGGCAGAGGGAGAGAGAAUCUUAAGCAGGUUCCAUGCCCGACACAGAGCUCGAUCUCCUACUCCCGACUGAGAUCAUGACCCGAGCAGAAAUCAGGAGUCAGAUGCUUAACCGACUGAGCCACACAGGCCCCCAUGCCCAAGUCUCUUUGAGGCAGAGCUUAGGAACUGAGGCCUGGUGGUCAGAUUUGGCCUAUAUGUUGUUAAAAGUACAUUUGACCUGGCAUUUUUUUUUUUUUAACUGAGAUUUCACAGCAAAUCUAAGUUCCCUGCUUCCUUUGACAUAUCAGAGGCUCCGUCAAGCCUGGGCCUGCAGUCUCUCCCGAUGGCAGUCAGCUAGAGCCAGCUGUGCGCUGGCCAGCCGCCCCUCCGCCCACCCCCCACCGGCCCCUUCCUUGCUGCCACCUCUCAGACACCAGGCCCUUGUCAUUUGUCAUGACAUGUGCACUGCUGUUUGUGGUAAGAAAUAUUUUUCGGUAUCUGAGUCUCCAUGAAGAGUGGAAAAUGAAAGAAAAAUACAUCUUUCUCUUGAGAGAUCCUAGUAGAAAUGAAGAAAAUCCCUAUUUAAUAAACAAAUCUCUGCCCACAUUGUUCCUCAUAUUUCUUGUCCAGCAGACAUCGGUGAUUGAAACCCUCCGCCCUACUGGGUCACUCGGGCGUGCGGAGACCGGGCUAGUCGGGUCCCAGGUCAGCACUGCGGACUGUCUAAGUGAUACGAAUGGACUGUCACAGGAUGCUGUUCUCUUAUUUCUCCAGCAGAUACUUUAGUGAAUGUCUGCUUUGAGUCAGAACUGUGUCCUGUACUUCGAUGACAAAAAUUAGUGAGGAUGACGGGUCUCCCACUGUCGUGGAGCAGUGUCACUGGAGAGGCAGACGUGCGAACACAUGCUCAGGCUCGAAGGCGCCUCGCAAGGACGCGCUUGCUUCAGGGAGCUGGGAGAGGCUUUAUAGAGCAAGUUGCAGCUGAGCUGGGCUGUGAAGAAGUGUUCCCAAAGUAGACAGACAAGAAAUGGCAUCUCGGGCACGGGAGGGUGGCUCCAGCAGGUUGGCAGAGGCGCAGUAACCGAGCCGUCGCCAGGCGGCAGUGUGCUCAGGCAGGAGGAACGGCAAUGUGGCUGGAGCGCUAAGAAAGGUCUAGAGCACCGGGCUGGGGGGCUGGUUUGUGGCCUUCAGCCUCGUAAACCGCCGGUGGCAAUUCAGAGACGGAGAAGUUACGAGGAGGGAAGAGUGUUUAUAGGAAAUGAACCUGGCAGAGGAAGAGAGAUUGGAGGUGUGGCUGGCAAGGUGGAUGCUGUUGACUCUGGCCGGGGGUGAUGACCGCUAGAAGGGAGAUGUUUUGGAGAGGAGCUAGCAGGGCGGAGUGAGCGCCUGAGGCCAGGACGUGGAGGUGAGUGAAAGGGAAGGAGUCUUGCUGUCCGGCUUGAGUAAUGGCUCCUCACUGAAGCCGAUGGGGCUGGAGGGCAGGCUCCCGAGAGCAGGGACCGGGGACCAGCGACCGUGCCUGUUUGUUCACUGCUGAAGCCCCACCAGGCGGACGCUGCCUGGCCCAUGGUAGGCGCUCAGUAAGUAUUUGUGGAAUGGGUGUCUGAAUAAAGUAGGGAGUUCAGAAGGAGGAACGCGUUUGCACGAGGACGAGGCGCAUGACAAAUUUGAUGUUAGGAUUUAUUGAGUGUGACGGUCUUCUGGGACUUUGACUUAGUGAUGUCUCAUCGGCAGCCGGAAACAGGGUCAGAGGAAACGGAGCAGGAUUUGGUGAAUAAUUAGCCAACACGUGAGGUUGACGCCAUGAAUAUGCAUGCUGUCCUUUGGGGGGAGUGGGGGAGGCUCACACGGCCUCUUUCCCUUGUUGCUGGGCAGAUUGUGCGAGACCCUGAUGGCAGACCCCCCGGAGGGCAGGACUCCCAUCAUCCUCUCCCGCGCUUGGGAUCGUCCAGGACGUAGGACCCUAUGUUAGGGGCUGGGGUUUGAUGGAUGAGCUUCCGUAGGGUCUUUCCAUGAUGCCGAGGGCACAGCUAGAUUAACAAGAGAUCCCAUUUACAAGCCGGUGGCUUCGGAUGAGCCAUAUGUGAGUCAUCUGUAAUUCCUUGAUAGCCGUAUGUCCUCCUGCCCGAGGGCUGGGGCACUGGCUGCUCUGAGAGUUGAUCACAUAUGUGGUGGCGGCAGCCCGCAGACAUUUUGCUCCCUCUCUCUCCCCCAGAGAGUAAGAGGAAACCCGUAAGACUCCACUAAGGGCUCUUAGUGGUAAGUGCCUCCUGUCAUUCAGCCCACGGCCUACAGCAGCCGGAACUGGCCUCAUGACUCCAGGGGUGGCCAAGUCAAUGCUCGUCGCAGCCAGGAUGGAUUUAUGAACAAAUGAAACAGGCCGGGUGUAAAAAAUGUUUUUGCUCUCGGUAUGGAUUCAAGAAAUGUGUAAUCCUCCUGGUAACUACUGUAGGAGAAGACGGCACAUAACUGGUGACCUUCAACCCCAAUGUACCAGAGGCUGAUGGGGCCACCGUGCAUGGGCCUGCCUGUCGCGGCUCCCUCUGACUGCUGCUCUGAGGAACCGCAGUCCAAGGAUUUGUUGCUGGAUUUUUUUU